UAUCUAACGGACAUGUUGAAGAUGUUGUAGCGAGGUGGGCGGAACACGACGGAUCACUGAGAAAUGGGGCUCCUAGUUCUUUUUGUCGUUUUGACGAUUUCACAGAUGAGUCUGGCAGCGAGAAUCCCACGAAGGUUUCCAGACACAAACAUCCUCUCCAGCCCAUUGGAGGACAGAGGAGCCGUACACAAGCUGCUCAACCAUGUGAAGGAUAUGCAGAAAUCCAUGUUUGAAACUAACAAAACCAUGAUUAUGUUUCGACAGAAACUGUCUGACCUCCAGAUCCAACACGCUCAGCUAUUAAAAAGCAGAUCAACAGUGGCCACAGCGUUUUACGUCAGUCUGAGGCAGGAUAUCCACCCUCCGGAAGUCAAUCGUCCAAUCCUGUUUAACCAGCUGAUACUCAACACAGCUAGGAACUACGACACUAAUGAUGGCGUGUUUACUGCUAAUGUGCCCGGACUUUACUCAUUCUCAUGGAGCCUCGCAACCUACUACGGACACUACAUCUUCGCGGCGCUAAUGCAUGGGAAUAUCGAGUCGGGACGUACCUUCACAGGUGAUGCUAAGGAUAUCAGCAUGGCGACCGGUACCGCUAUACUGAACCUGGUGGUGGGAGACACAGUGAGGGUUGUAGUCGGCCAAAGUUCAAACGGAGCAGUAAUAAUGGCCUCGAUGAGCUCCUUCUCCGGGUUCUUUAUUUCUGCAAAUGAGUGAUUGUCGAUUUACUCUUCUUCAAACUUGUCAAUUGUAACUUAUAAUUAUAAAUUAACUGUAAUAUUGUAUAUGUAAAAAGAUUCAGCGAAGUUUUGUUUUUUCAGGAAAACAACAAUUCAUCUGUUUUCUAUUUGUAUUUCCAGAAUUAUGUAAAGGGAGAUUACUC